AUGGCAGGCUCACAACCCGCGUCCUGCGGGCUCUCCGAGGAGGCUGCCCUCAGUUGCUGUUCAGACCCUGACCCCAGCACCAAGGAUUUUCUAAUGCAGCAGACCAUGCUACGAAUUAAAGAUCCGAAGAAAUCUUUGGAUUUUUAUACUAGAAUUCUUGGGAUGACGCUGCUCCAAAAGUUAGAUUUCCCUACAAUGAAGUUUUCACUCUAUUUCUUGGGCUAUGAGGAUAAAAAUGACAUCCCCAAAGAUGGAAAUGAAAAAAUAGCCUGGAUGUUCUCCAGAAAAGCUACAAUUGAGCUAACCCACAAUUGGGGCACUGAAGAUGAUGCCACCCAGAGUUACCAUAAUGGGAAUUCAGACCCCCGAGGAUUUGGUCACAUUGGAAUUGCCGUUCCUGAUGUUUACAGUGCUUGUAAAAGAUUUGAAGACCUGGGAGUCAAAUUUGUGAAGAAACCUGAUGAUGGUAAAAUGAAAGGCCUGGCAUUUAUUCAAGAUCCUGAUGGCUACUGGAUUGAAAUUUUGAAUCCUAACGGAAUGAUAACUAUUAUCAAUUCUUGA